AUGCCAGUCAAGUCUCGGUUCACGCGUCUGGACGCCUUUACCAAGACGGUCGAAGAUGCACGGGUGCGCACGACCUCUGGCGGAAUCGUCACCCUCUCGUCUCUGCUCUUGAUCCUAUGGCUCGUCUGGGGAGAAUAUGCAGACUAUCGCAAAGUCGUUGUACACCCCGAGCUUAUCGUCGACAAGGGCAGAGGAGAAAAGAUGGAGAUCCACAUGAACAUAUCCUUCCCUAGAGUGCCAUGCGAGCUCCUCACCCUCGAUGUCAUGGAUGUGUCGGGAGAGAUCCAGACUGGUGUCAUGCACGGUGUCAACAAGGUCAGACUUGCUCCCGAGUCUGACGGCGGUCAUGCCAUUGAGAGCAAGGCACUCGAACUGUAUGACUAUUGCUUCUUCCUCCUUUUGAGGCUCCAUACUGACCCCUAUCAGUNNCACAGCGAUGACCCUGCUGCCCACCUGGAUCCCAACUACUGCGGAGAAUGUUAUGGCGCCCCCGCCCCUGCAAACGCACAAAAGGCUGGCUGCUGUAACACCUGUGCCGAAGUUCGCGAUGCCUACGCGAGCGUCUCUUGGUCCUUCGGAAGAGGAGAAAACGUUGAACAGUGUACGCGCGAGCAUUACUCGGAGCACCUCGAUGAGCAGCGUAGAGAGGGCUGCCGUAUCGAAGGUGGAAUCCGUGUCAAUAAGGUCGUUGGCAACUUCCACUUCGCUCCUGGCAAGUCCUUCAGCAACGGCAACAUGCACGUCCACGACCUCGAGAACUACUGGGCCGGAGGUAACAAUAUCGAACAUACCUUCACCCACAAGAUUCACCACCUUCGCUUCGGUCCUCAGCUGUCUGACGAUGUCGUUGCCAAGAUUGGCAAGAAGGGCAUGGCCUGGACCAACCACCAUGUAAACCCGCUCGACGACACCGAACACAAGACAGAUGAGAAGGCCUACAACUUCAUGUACUUUGUCAAGGUUGUCUCGACUGCCUAUCUACCCUUGGGCUGGGAGAGAAAGAACUCCAUUCUUGACCUGCCUCACGAGCUGGUCGAGCUCGGAAGUUAUGGUCACGGAGAAGCUGGUAGCAUUGAAACUCAUCAGUACAGUGUAACGAGUCAUAAGCGAAGCUUGGGAGGUGGUGACGACCGUCAGGAAGGCCACAAGGAGAGACUGCACGCAAGAGGCGGUAUCCCCGGUGUCUUCUUCUCCUAUGUCAUCAACCGUGAAGCUCGCAGUAAGAGCUUCACUGGUUUCCUUGUCGGCGUUUGCGCUGUCAUUGGCGGUACGCUCACUGUCGCGGCUGCCAUUGACAGAGCGCUGUACGAAGGUGCACAGCGAGUCAAAAAGCUACAUACAGGAUAG